GGGCGAGGCGCCGCAGACGUGGGUUUGAAUCCCAGCCCUGCUCUCGAAGUCUCCGUUAGACCUAGAGGGCGCUAGGUCCAGGUGCCCUGUCCUGCUUACUCAGGCCAUCUGCUCAGGGGAGCUCAUUUCUGUAGUAAAGGUGUGGGCACUCCAAGCAGUGGGAGCUGGCACUUGGGUUGCCCCCACUAGUGGGCUGCUUAUAGAUGAGGGGGCCCAGGUCAAGGAGGUGCUUGUUGGGAUCAGUGUUCUGGCUGCUUAGGUCCCACACUGAAUGAUCUCUUGUAUUAGGAGACAAUUGCUUCAGUGCUCAUUCUGUGUGUAUAUGAUAGGAAGUGUCCUCUCCCUUUUCCCCCCAAAAACGGGAAAGGAGGAGAAAGAGCCUUAAAGGAUGUGGAUCCUAUAUCAUUGUGCUAAUGGUGUGCCUAACCAAGAAGGGCUGAACACAAUUCCCUCUGUAGCUUGUCCUUGUUCCAAGUAUCAGCCCCAAAGUGGUUACUGCGAAAUUAGAGUCCUGAAUCUCUAAUGCUAAUAGUCCCUGCUGAUUUACGGAAUCUGGGAUCUGAACACAUCAUUCUGAAAUGUUGCAGAUUGGAGUGUCUCGCGUCAACUAAGAAGCGGCAAGAUUAUGUCUGUGCCGACUACUGUUUGCAGCCUAGUUAAAGACUGUUUAUGAUGUCGAUAAACAGGGAUUUUCAUAAAGCAGAUAUGGAGGCCAUUAACUGCAACAUUCUACUUCCCAGUGGGCCCAGGAACUGGAUUUCUCUAUUUGGUGAACUUAUAUUUUUUGUAUCAGUAUUCAUCACGACUAGAAACAGGUGCUUUUGAUGGAAGGCCAGCGGAUUAUAUGUUCAUGCUUCUGUUUAACUGGAUUUGCAUCGUUAUAACGGGCUUGGUGAUGGACAUGCAGUUGCUGAUGAUUCCCCUGAUCAUGUCAGUGCUUUAUGUCUGGGCCCAGCUUAACAGAGACAUGAUUGUAUCAUUUUGGUUUGGGACAAGAUUUAAGGCUUGUUAUCUACCGUGGGUUAUUUUGGGGUUCAACUACAUCAUUGGAGGAUCCAUCAUCAAUGAGCUGAUAGGAAAUCUGGUUGGACACCUAUACUUCUUCUUAAUGUUUAAAUAUCCAAUGGACUUGGGAGGAAGGAAUUUCCUAACCACACCCCUGUUUCUAUACCGCUGGCUGCCAAACAGGAGAGGCGGGGUAUCAGGAUUUGGUGUUCCACCCGCUAGUGUGCGAAGGGCUGCAGAAGAUCAUCAGGGUGGUGGAAGACACAACUGGGGCCAAGGUUUUCGGUUAGGUGACCAAUGAAAAACUGCUGCUUUUGGCAAACAGUUGCUACACAUAGGAAUAAUCCUUCCUAGUGCAGAGUGUGCUUAAGAACUGAGUUCUCUCUAGUGCUUUUCGAGUUGACCCAUAAAUAACUUUUCUGGCACAAGACAAAAUUAAGAACUCUUGAAGAUAAAUGUAGAUUUUACCCCAGGUUAGAAAGUAGUGCUAAGUUCAAUACUGCCAUUAAAAAAGCCACCUUAGUAUUGUCCAUCUGUCACAAUGAAUCCAUUCCACCUCUCUCCUCUCUGAUGGAAGAUGCUGAUGGGUUUUGUCUGUGUUUCUCUUCCUCUGAUACGCAAAGAGUUAAGAACCAGUCCUUGGCCAAAGGAUGGCUCAAAGUAAUGUCUCCAUGUACAUCUAAAAGACUGAUUCAUCAAUAUUUAUGCUGGGAUUCUAGUCUUCAAUAACUUGUUAGGUGGCAGUAACUGCUCUGCAUUCAUAAAGCAAGACUAAAAGUUUUAGAAGCUUCCUUUCAGUUAUCAAACUGUAUUUCAGAAAAGCAGUUUUUUUUUCUCUUACCAUGCAACAGUGAUGAAGAGAUGCUACCCUAGGCACUGCAGCAAGAGAGGGGAAAGGAUAAGGACAACAGAUAGCUUUCUUUUCAGUUUCUUAUGACCAUUGCCAAUAUUCCUGGAUAUCUAAAUCUCUCCGAACCCUCGGUGUAAUGUACAUGGUUUGGUGUGUUUAAACCAAGGUUACAGCUGUCAUUUACUAUCCUGAAAUCUGAAAAAGGCUGGCUUCCAGGUUCAUAUUUUAGUUGCAAAAUUAAAUAGAACAAAUCUUACUUUACAAGUAGCAAAUGUCACAUAUUUUGGGUGUUCAUGUAAAGGGUACUGACUGCAGAGUUAUGUUUGUAUUAAUAAAAUGAGACCACUGCAUUCUCUUUAAAAGCUUUAAGAAAUUAAAUAAUCAGAACUGGAAAUAAACUUAAUCCAGGUUACAAGAUACAAUAGAAUUGAUUUGAUUUUCUAAGGCCUUUCUCAUUCUCAAACAAGGAACUAUAUAAAGCUGUUAAUCAGUUUCUCUUUUUGCAAUAUCUCCAUUUUUUUUCUUAUUGUGUAGUGGGGGUGAGGGAGAUGAUUGAGAGACGUCUACAGUCUUCUCCUAAUAGAAUCAUGAGGCUGUGGGUUCUAGUGAGCUGAGUACACGGCUAGGAUCCAGGAAGUUAAUCUUUGCUCUUUCCACUGAUUCACAUGUGGCCUUGAGUAAGUUACUUAGCCUCCGCAUUUUCCCAUCUGUAAAAUGGGACUGGUACUUACCGCACAGGCUCAGUUCGUUUUAUCUGGUGCUGUGAAAAUGGGAAGUGCCAUGAAAGUCCUAAAUACUAUUGUUGUUGUUACUGCUGUUUUUCUUCCGGCAGCAAACUUGUAGGUUUCUAAAUACUGCCACUCACCCUGAACCUGGGAGAAAAUAAGCAAAUUGGAUUUAAUCCUUUUAUCUGUGACUGGCUUCAAAAGGAUGCAUUUUCUUUAACGCACCAUAGUUGUGGUGGUCUUUCUGGCUCAUGGAUGAAUGCAGGGAGCUGGUGAUCAUGUUACGUGUUCAUAGCUGUGCAGGUAUAUAGAGGUUCGGAACUCACUUAGCCCUUCUAGUUUCAGUAAUCAAGUUUUAAAGAUGUUCUUGCCUUGCCUUAUUUAUGUUUUAAUAAUGGUAAGUGGAAAGACUCCACUGGUGUAAAUGCUACUGUACCUAUUACCAUUAGUAAUGCUGACUUGUGGUAGUCCAGGAGCCAUCAUGCAUACAGUAGUCAUGUUGCAGCUGGUCUCCAAUUAAUUGUGUAUGUCACUGUCUUCAAAGCAGUUGUCUUCACUUUAGAAGCAGGAUCUAACUGUUAAGCAAACUGACAGUCUAAGUGAUUGUCAUAUAAGUUAUGAUUUACAUGUAUUCCAGCUGAAAUUCAUCUCUAUGCUGAGGGAUAGCAUAAGGGCUUAAAUGUUGGGGUUGUCCCUCUGCAAAGAGGUGAAUUUCACUUUCGAGUGCACCCUGCAUGAGCAAUGCCUUCUAUGGCUUUACAAGUCAAAUGUGUUUCAAGGAAAGGAGAAGCUUUUGACAUGAGAUUCUUGAUUUAAACACUUUUCAAAGACUGAGAUGACUAAUCUUGCAAAUUUGAAACCCUGAACUAAUCUUAAAUUCACUUCGAAUAUUCUGCAUUUCCCAUUUGACCUACAGCUGUACUUGUGUGUACUCGAAUCUACACUGACAAGGCAGAUUCUCUUGUUAUAAGGAGGCACUCAUUCUUCUGUACAGAGAAUUUCCCUUUUUGUAACUAAUUCUUUUGUUGGCAAAGUUUAAAUUAAAGUUUUAAUCUCUGAA